AUGGCACGUGCUUCAAAUGGGAAAUCAGAUGGGACGACAAUGAAGAUGCCAGCCUAUCUCGAGAAGUCAAGAAGCGCGUCGUUCCAAGAGCUUGAAUGGAAACAGAGGUUUCGACUGUUUCACGCCAUGGAGAAUCCGAACACUUCACCAUACAAGGUCGAUAGGUCCGAUGUUGUAGUCAGCAGAAAUAGAUACGGUAACGUGCAACCAUGGGACGCUUCUAGGAUCAAGCUCAAAACGCCGAUAUGUGGUUCGGACUAUGUCAAUGCUUCUCCCAUUGUGCUGAAACGCCAUGUUUUGGAUUCGCCAAACAUAACAGGUCGGCCUCCAGCAUACGAAGCUAAGUAUAUUGCAACUCAAGGACCCAAGCAGGGUCAGAAAUCACACUUUUGGCAUAUGGUCCAUCAGGAGGUCUCUGGGGAUACGGGCGUCAUCAUCAUGCUUACGCAAAUAGUCGAAGAUAGCAAGGAGAAGUGCGGACAAUAUUACCCCUCUGACCUUGAUGAUCCCACGAUGAGCCUGCUACACGAGGAAAAGCCAGUAGGUGGUGAAUCGUCUGGCAGACUAAAUGGUGAAGACCCCUUUCUAGAUAGUGACUACAUUCCUGGUACUGAUUGUGAGGAAGCUAAUAGCCAAAUCGAUUCGACGACAACCGAUUCCACCGAACCCGAGCUUGGCUCGUCAGACACAAUCACUCUCCUAUCCAAGGAGUUUGAUAGCAGCGUACGAUGCGAAGUACGGAAGCUUCGAUUGUUGAUAAAUGACGAGCCGAAAACAAUCAUACAUUACCUCUUCGGACGAUGGCCAGAUUUUGGCAAACCGGAUGUUGAGGAUAGAAGAGCACUAGUAGAACUGUCUAGGCGCACUUACGACGAGGCGGGUGGUAGUGCGCGCAUUGUUCACUGUAGUGCUGGAGUUGGCAGAACCGGUACUUGGAUCGCACUUGAUUUCUUGGUGCGUGAAGUUGAAGAUGGCUGCUUGCUUGAUAAUGUUCAUUCAGGAGAUCGUCCUCCGAAAGAUUCGGGCGUCGGAGCCACGAAACAAGAGACCUUGACCGGGCCAGGCCCUCCAAAACUUAAUACACCCACGCAAGAAGACGGCUUCGACAAGGAUGAUUACGAUCUGAUAUUCGAAACCGUCAAUACAUUGCGUGAACAGCGCAUGAUGAUGGUCAUUCGAGAAGUUCAAUACUCAUUUCUGUAUGACGUAGUUCGUGAAGCGACGCUGGAGAAGUACAGGUCUACGCCUGAGGGUGCGGUUGUGAAAGAGACUGAAAGCUCGGAGUCGCAAGCUCACCGUGCCAAACAACCCCGUAUUCCGGACGAAGCAACGGUGGACAGCGGUAGCGAUGCAGAAACAGAAAUUAUCGGCACCGACGACGAUCCUUAUGCAGCAGUUUCUCCUGAUAUUCUGCGACGUGGGCUCAGCCAGGAAUUUUGA